UACCUAUCCAAAGUGUUGAGGAACUACACUGAGCAGGCGUGCGACGGCGAUUUCCUGUCGGUCCGCUGCCUGCCCCACACCACCAUCACCGUCCAAUCGGCUUUCUACGGCAGGAGAGGCCCCUUCCACCCCCAGCAGUGCCCGUCCUACCACAGACACACCCUUUUAGAUACACACCCACUGGAGGAUGACUUGCAUUGUUACAUGUCCACAGCACUACAGGUAACUGCCCUUCCCUCCAUACACACUUACCCUAUGGACUUUUAUGCUUCUCUAGUACCUCUAGUACAGUAACGAAGGUCAUGAAAUAAUGGUCAUCUUCUGGUAUCGACAUUCGUCCAGGGUGAUUUUCCCAAAGCCUUGUAGCAAAAUGUGCAAAGAACACACCCAAGAAACACCCACGUCAAACCACACCCACAAGCCAACUCACGUUUGGCUCCUGGCAUGGCCGCCAGCAGUUCUUGAGGAGCAAGACAAAAAACGAGGUAAAAUUCCCCUUUAAGAGCUUCAUCCACACAUUGUGGAUGGUAGCCUCUUGUUAGAAACCUAUUGCGCAUUUCUGCUGCUUUUUCUAGAUAGUCCUCUGUGGAGUGGCAUACAGUAUACAGCACAGCCUGAAAAACUGGCUUCUUGGAGGUCCUCUUUUUAAUGGCUCUAGUGAGUAAUUUUCAUAAAGUCUGACAGCUCUUCUCCCAUACCUAUUAGGUAGUGAGCUAGGGUUUCCAGCCCCACCAUGUGGGGAAUGCUGGUGUACAGACUCGCAACAUCUAAUGUGACCAGAAUUCUAUUAAUCCCGUUAUUGGUGAGAUCUCGUUUAUAUAAAGUAUUUGACAUAUGAUGGCAAUGCUUGCACAUAAGAUUUGAUAAAGGAGUCUACAAAGUUUGACAAUGGCUCUAGCGUUGAGCUUAUUCCUGUGACUACUGGUCUGCCUGGAUAAUUGCCUUCUCGUAUUUUAGGUUUGUGUAAUUUAGGCAAAAUAUACAGGCAUGGACGUAUGACACAUGGGCAGAAAAAUGUAUUCAUAUUCAGGUUUUGAGAUAAGGUUGUUUAAUAGGGCUUGCUCUAGAUUUGAGUUAAUAUCUAUUUGGAACACCUGUGUGGGAUCAACACUCAGUUUUCCAUAGAAACAUUCAUUACUGAGUUUUCUCUGAAUCUCCUCAUUGUAUUUUUCAUAGUCUAAAAUGAUCACAGUACCCCCCUUGUCUGCAGGUUUGAUAAGUUCAUUGAGUGCCUGUUCUUCUGUCCUGGUGAGGUUAUUCUGAAUAUGUGUUGUUUUUCUCAUAUAUACAGAGAUUACUUCUUGUUCGACUAACCUACAAUAGGUAUGAUUCGAGGACUUGUUAACCAUAGGACAUAAUUUGCUUUUGGGCUUAAAAUUAGUAACAUUUCUUUGUUGGAUUUCUAGGCCAGAACUUUAAUCUUACAAAAAAAAGGAUUUAUGCUUUAUUAGAUCAAGCAAUUGUUUUAAAUUAAAUUAAAUUGUUUGCUAACUGAUAUGAUACUGUAUAUUGUUGUGACAUGAAGUAACAGAAUUGCAUGCAAAUAUCCUGGAUAUUGGUGAGACUCUGCCCCAACUGCCCCACAUUUUUUAUUGGUUUUAUUUCAGCUAUAUUUAACUAGGCAAAUCAAUUAAGAACAAAUUAUUAUUUACAAUGACAGCCUACCAAGAGGCAAAAGGCCUCCUGUGGGCACGGGGGCUUGGAUAAAAAAUCUAUAAAAUAAUGUAUGACACAACACACAUGCUGACAAGAGAGACACUACAGAAAGAGAGACCUAAGACAACAACACAACAUGGCAGCAACACAUGACAACACAGCAUGGUAGCAACACAACAUGACAAUAACGCAGGAGCAACACAAGAUUGCAGCAGCACAACAUGGUAGCAGCACAAACAUGGUACAAACAUUAUUGGGCACCGACAACAGCACGGAGGGCAAAAAGGUAGAAACAACAAUACAUCAAAUGAAGCAGCCACAAGUGUCGGUAAGAGUGUCCAUGAUUGAGUCAUUGAAUGUAGAGAUGGAGAUAAAACUGUCCAGUUUGAGUGUUUUUUGCAGUCGCUAGCUGCAGCAAACUGAAAAGAGGAGCCACCCAGGGAUGUGUGUACUUUGGUGACCUUUAACAGAAUGGGACUGGCAGAACAGUGUUGUAUGUGGAGGAUGAGGGUUGCAGUAGAUUUCUCAGAUAGGGAGGACUGAGGACUAAGAGAGUUUUAUAAAUAAGCAUUAACCAGUGGGUCUUGCGCCGGGUAUACAGAGAUGGCCAGUUUACAGAGGAGUAUAGAGUGCAGUGAUGUGUCCAAUAUGGAGCAUUGGUGGCAAAUCUGAUGGCCGAAUGGUAAAGACAAUCUAGCCGCUCGAGAGCACCUUUACCUGUCGAUCUAUAAAUUACGUCUCCAUAAUCUAGCAUGGGUAGGAUGGUCAUAUGAAUCAGGGUUAGUUUGGCAGCUUGGGUGAAAGAGGAGGAAUUACGAUAGAGGAAACCAAGUCUAGAUUUAACCUUAGCCUGCAGCUUGGAAAUGUGCUGAGAGAAGGAGAGUGUACCAUCAAUCCGGGGAGGGACCAGCUGAGUAUAAGACAGUAUCAUCUGCAUAUAAAUGGAUCAGAGAGCUUCCUACUGCCUGAGCUAUGUUGUUGAUGGAAAUUGAGAAGAGUGUGGGGCCUAGGAUUGAGCCAGACUUCACACAUUGCACUCUUUGAGAGAGGUAGACGCAUCACAACUGCAGGUAGGCAUAGGCUAAUUUGUAGUAAGCAUUUCAUUAAAAAGGUUUUUGGGAAAGCCUUUCCAUCUACCAGAAGACAGUUGUCAUUAGGGUUGGGCGAUAUCCAGAUUUUCAUAUCGUCAUUCUGUCCUUCUCUCAUCCCGGGAUUUACGGUAUUACCGGUUUAGUACACAAGGGGGUGUCAAAAAAAGAACAAAAAAAGCCCAUUGGGCAUCUAUUACCAGAAUGCUAACAUAAUUAGCACAAUUAAUAGCGAGUUUCCGUGGAGGUAAAUAUGCCAACGAGCACAAACGAAAAUAAAAGUAUUGUAAAGACAGGCAAUCCAGCUCAUAAAGUUCUACAUAUAUAGGUAGGAGCUACCGAAUGUCAUGUUUGGAUAUUUACAAGCAAAUGUGAACGAUAGACCUUGUGAAAAUGAAAAAAGUUGUCUGAAGGAAGAACAGUACUGGCUCUGGAGCAGCAUGUGUACAUGGUGUGUCUGUGUGGAGUCUGGAGUCGCUAGGGCCUUGCUGCUCUGUUCACAAGGAAAUCAAAGAUAUCCUACAGAUAACGCAUCCAAAGGGCUUUGACUUCUCAAACACGGCAGAAAGCGAACACAAUAUGAUGCCUCAUCACCUUAUUAAUUCAGCCAAUUACUUAGAUAACUAACAAGUUAAACUUAGGGGUUUCUUUAAUGCAGAAUUCUGUGUUUUUCACACAGGAAAAAAGGAUUAAAGGCAUAAGAAAUAACUUGCUGUGUUUUGUAAAAGCAGAUCUAAAAUGCUUCUUAUUGUCAUUUCUGCUCGGCAUCAGACACAUUUUGUGCUUCAGUUGCACUUCUCCACUCGGAUGAGCAUUCACUAACGGCCAUUCUAUCAGCAGACAGCGCUCUGAGUGAUGUGUAGCAACUUUUCCCAGGUACGUUUCUAGAUGUAGCCAGCCUACUUUUCUCCGGUAAAAUGUAAGAUUAACUUUAUUUUCUGCCGAAGGUGUUGCACUAAUGUGUUUUCUGUGAAGGAAAACUAUAGUUGCACGUCCCCGAUCACUCUAUUGAAGCAAAAAAACACUGUUGCCUUUCAAUAUAAAACGUGACCCCUGUCAUUACACAGCUGGACUCACCUGCUCCCGCUUUCGCCCGUUGUGCUAUUUACAAACAAACACGUGACUGGCUCAACUGUUCUGGGGAACUAUGGUAAGCUUCAUAAUGUAAAAUAAUGUGACAAGUGAAAUGAAGAAUGCGAUCAGCUUUAUCUCCUAUUGUAUUGCACAAGUUGCCUGCAGGUAUUUACUUAAAAAGUAGCUUCAAAUAUUAAAAUGUAUUGAAAAACUUAAAAUAAUAGUUUCAACGGGAUUGAAAAACCAUCCUGUGCCUAUUUCCAAAUACCCCAGUAUAUACGGUAUACUGCCCAAACCUAGUUGUCAUUACAUUAGCAUCAUCGCUACACAAAGUGGUAGACGAACGCUCAAACACAGACAGGGGCAUUCCUGUGCCGUUGCCUCUUCAGAAAGUUUAAGGAAAAUACGAAUCACUGAUGCAUGUUGUUCAUGUCUUAUGAUAAUGUUGGGCAAAUGAAUGCAUUUUCUAAUAAGUUCAAUACAUUUAGUUGAUUUCCUACUAAGUUCAAUAAAUGUUUGAAUAUUGUUGAAUUCCUUUUUAAAAUCUGGGUUCCGUGAUUCCGUCCGCGUUCUCUGCAACAUGGAUUUUAUAGGGCCCUACAAAAGGUCUUAAUAAUGAAAUGUCCAUGCAUGUUAUGUAAAUGUAAACAUGAACUAAUGUCGUGUUGUUAAACACUUCAGCCUACUCUAUGACAUUUCUAUCCUGCACUGUACCCAAUGAUUUACGAAAGCUUAGUUGGUAGGUCGAUGUCCUCAUUGUGGUUUUACACACAUGUUUAAUACGUUUUUAUGUAUAUACUUUAUAAUAUUUAUGAAAUGCACAUUGUUACAGUGUCUUCAGAAAGUAUUCAAACUCCUUGACUUUGUCCACAUUUUGUUGUGUUACAGCCUGAAUUUAAAAUAUAUUAAAUUGAGAUUUUGUGGCACUGGCCUACACACAAUACCCAAUAAUACCCUAUAAUAAUUAAUUGUCCCCCCCCCCCCCCCCCCCCAUCCUUCCUCCACCCCUCUAUAAAAAAAAUAUAAAAAAAGUGGUUGUCCCACUGGCUAUCAUAAGUUGAAUGCACAAGUUGUAAGUCGCUCUGGAUAAGACUGUCUGCUAAAUGAUGUAAAUGUAAUGUAAAUGUCAAAGUGGAAUUAUGUUUUUAGACAUUUUUACAAAUUAAUUAUAAAAUCAAAAGCUGAAAUGUCUUGAGUCAAUAAGUAUUCAUCCCCUUUGUCAUGGCAAGGCUAAAUAAUUUCAGGGGUAAGAAUGUGCUUAACAAGUCACAUAAUAAGUUGCAUGGACUCACUCUGUGUGCAAUAAUAGUGUUUAACAUGAUUUUUGAAUGGCUACAUCAUCUCAGUUUCCUCAGUCGAGCAGUGAAUUUCAAACACAGAUUCAACCACAAAGACCAGGGAAGUUUUCCAAUGCCUCGUCAAAAUAGAAAAAAGCUGACAUUGAAUAUCCCUUUGAGCAUGGUGAAGUUAUUAAUUACACUUUGGAUGGUGUAUCAAUAUAACCAGUCACUACAAAUAUACAGGCAUCCUUCCAAACUCAGUUGCCGGAGAGGAAGGAAACCACUCAGGGAUUUCACCAUGAGGCCAAUGGUGACUUUAAAACAGUUACAGAGAAAACUGAGGAUGGAUCAACAACAUUAUAGUUACUCCACAAUACUAACCUAAUUGACAGAAUGAAAAGAAGGAAGCAUGUACAGAAUAAAAAUAUUCCAAAACAUGCAUCAUGUGUGCAACAAGGCACUAAAGUAACACUGCAAAACAUUUGGCAAAGCAAUUAACUUUUUGUCCUGAAUACAAAGUGUUAUGUUUGGGGAAAAUCCAAUACAACACAUUACUGAGUACCACUCUUCAUAUUUUCAAGCUUAGUGGUAGCUGCAUCAUCUUAUGGGUAUGUGUGUAAUUGUUAAGGACUGGGGAGUUUUAAAGGAUAAAAAAUAAGAGGAUUGGAGCUAAGCACAGGCAAAAUCCUAGAGGAAAACCUGGUUCAGUCUGCUUUCCAUCAGACACUGGGAGAUGAAUUCACCUUUCAGUAGGACAAUAACCUAAAACACAAGGCCAAAUAUACAUGGAGUUGCUUACCGAGACGACAUUGAAUGUUUCUGAGUGGCCUAGUUACAGUUUUGACUUAAAUUGGCUUGAAGAUCUAUGGCAAGACUUGAAAAUGGCUGUCUAGCAAUGAUCAACAACCAACUUGACAGAGCUUGAAGACAUUUUUAAAUAAUAAUGUGCAAAUAUUGUACAAUCUGGGUGGGCAAAGCUCUUAGUGACUUACCCAGAAAGACUUACAUCUGUAAUCACUGCCAAAGGUCAAUCUAACAUUUAUUGACUCUGGGGUGUGAAUACUUAUGUAAAUUAUAUGUUUCUGUAUUUCAUUUUCAAUAAAUUUGCAAACAUUUCUAAAAAUGUGUUUUCACUUCGUCAUUAUGGGGUGUUGUGUGUAGUAUAUGGGUGAGAAUUUUUAUUUUAUUUAAUCAUGAAGGCACUCUAUAUUUGGUAACACAUUAGUGUUUCUUGAGUGUACUUUUAACAGAGUUGAGAUUUACUUCAAACUGCAUUCACCCUAUUGCUUACACCUAUCAACUUGUUUGAUCUACAUACAGUAAGUGCCUAGGGAGGAGGGGUUAGGGUUUCUUCAGGACAGGGCCUAACUAUUCUGGGCCAAUAAGCACAUGCCCUAAAUAUAUCCCUUAUUGGGAUUGUGGUUAGGGCGUACGUUACUAGUGCUGGUGGCCUGGCUUCGAAACCCGCUAGGGGAGUCACCCUACUCUCACAUACUUAGCAAUAUAAUGUCAUUAUAUAGGCCCCGUGUAGCUCAGUUGGUAGAGCAUGGCGUUUGCAACGCCAGGGUUGUGGGUUCGAUUCCCACGGGGGGCCAGUAUGAAAAAUUUAUGCACUCACUAACUGUAAGUCGCUCUGGAUAAGAGCAUCUGCUAAAUGACUAAAAUGUAAAUGUGAAUUAUUUGGUAACAAAUUGUUCAAAUUGGUAUGUGGUGUAGAUUUCAAAAAGUCAAUAGUUUUCUUUGAGAUGCUCAGCUAUAUAGAACUAAUAAAUACAGAUAAUUUAUCAGGUAGUGGAAAGGUGUUCAUAAUUCGUGCUCAAGGAGAAAUCCUACAGAUUCCCAUCUUUCAAUGAGAAACUCAUUUUAAUUAGAUCAGAUAGGUGUGUUGUAACUGUUGCCAAAUAAUGACAUUAAUAUUGGAUAUUAAUUUCAACAGCACAGACAUAAAGCACUAUGAAGACAGGUAGGUAUGAUGUCACAAGCUGUUUUUUACGACUAUGUCUAUGUUGGGGGUAUGAUGUCACAAGCUGUUUUUUACGACUAUGUCUAUGUUGGGGGUAUGAUAUCACAAGCUGUUUUUUACGACUAUGUCUAUGUUGGGGGUAUGAUGUCACAAGCUGUUUUUUACAACUAUGUCUAUUUUGGGGGUAUGAUGUCACAAGCUGUUUUUUACGACUAUGUCUAUGUUGGGGGUAUGACGUCACAAGCUGCUGUACCUUUUGUCAUAUCACAUCCCUGGCCAUUGUGUCUCCUUAAUGAAGCAUGAUGACAUUACAUAAACAUCAGCGUGCUAACCAUGCUUGAGAUUUACGAUCUGGCAGCACACACUAGAAGAACACUGGGAGGUUGUCUUCUACAAACCUCUGUUUGUUUUAGUGGAACUCACUGCUCGUGUGCCAGCUUUGCCCGGUGGCGGGCACUGAUCUACCGAUCACAACUCCCAGUGCCACACUCUGUGGUCAAUCAUAAAUGGGCACCUCCCAGCAUAAGGGUGGCCCAUGUCAACAGUGUGUUGUGUUCUGGGGGGGAAAUUACUGAACUCCUGCCUUUUUGUUAUUUUUCUAUAAACCCCCAGGGAAUAGGAAUUUGGUGAGAGGGAGGGAGGGGGAAUUCCAGAAUUCCAUGUUGUGGAAUAGAGUAGAUUCUAGAAUGUUACUCAGCUGUGUCAAAACAAGGAAAAGAAGGAAAGGUGUAAGACUGUGAAAUCUGAGACAUGGAAGUGACUGGAGUGUAGCUUCUUUGCAGCCGUUCUACUGUUCCCAUGGCAUGGGAGGAGAAGGGGACGGUUAGUGUGUUUGAAGUCUCACCGACGCUUGCUCAUUGCUCUCUCUCUCCCUCUUCCUCUCUCUCUCUCCCUUCCUCUCUCCCUACCUCAAUCUCUCUCUCUCUCUCUCUCUCUCUCUCUCUCUCUCUCGUAGAAAAUGUUGGAUGAGUGCCAGGACAAGAGGAGCUGUAAGGUCCUUGUCAACAGUCGUCUCUUCGGGACAGACCCAUGCCCCAGCAGCAGCAAAUACCUCAUUGUGUGGUACAAAUGCCGGCCUAGUAAGUCCCUCAUCACCCCCCAAGCCUCUUUAUCGUUUAUACUCCUCCUCCAACUGUCUAUCUAGCUCUCUCUCUGACACACUCAGAGACCCGCACGCACACACACAGAAAACCCUGGUGACACGAUAUAUGGUUUAAAUCCCUUUCACACUAAAUGGGCAGAAACGGAAACAGAAGUCUUCAUAAUGUGGACUAUGUUUAGCCAUGCACAGGUAUUCCACACACAGAGUCCAGGAAAACGCUCAUCCAGAGGCAGUGCUCCUAGUGGCCGGGGACUUUAAUGCAGGGAAACUUAAAUCCGUUCUACCUCAUUUCUACCAGCAUGUUAAAUGUGCAACCAGAGGAAAAAAAAAACUCUAGACCACCUUUACUCCACACACAGAGACGCAUACAAAGCUCUCCCUCGCCCUCCAUUUGGCAAAUCUGACCAUAACUCUAUCCUCCUGAUUCCUGCUUAUAAGCAAAAACUAAAGCAGGAAGCACCAGUGACUCUGUUAAUAAAAAAGUGGUCAGAUGACGCAGAUGCUAAGCUACAGGACUGUUUUGCUAGCACAGACUGGAACAUGUUCCAGGAUUCUUCAGAUAGCAUUGAGGAGUACACCACAUCAGUCACUGGCUCCAUCAAUAAGUGCAUCAAUGAUGUCAUCCCCACAGUGACCGUACGUACAUACCCCAACCAGAAGCCAUGGUUUACAGGCAACAGCCGCACUGAGCUAAAUGGUAGAGCUGCCGCUUUCAAGGAGUGGGACUCUAACCCGGACGCUUAUAAGAAAUCCCGCUAUGCCCUCCGGCGAACCAUCAAACAGGCAAAGAGUCAAUACAGGACUAAGAUUGAAUCGUACUACACGGGCUCUGACGCUCCUCGGAUGUGGCAGGGCUUGAAAACUAUUACAGACUACAAAGGGAAGCACAGCCGCGAGCUGCCCAGUGAGACAAGCCUACCAGACGAGCUAAACCACUUCUAUGCUCGCUUCGUGGCAAGCAACACUAAAGCAUGCAUGAGAGCACCAGCUGUUCCGGAUGACUAUGUGAUCACACUCUACGUAGCCGAUGUGAGUAAGACUUUUAAGCAGGUCAACAUUCACAAGGCCGCAGGGCCAGACGGAUUACCAGGACGUGUACUCCGAUCCGAGCAUGUGCUGACCAACUGGAAAGUGUCUUCACUGACAUAUUCAACAUGUCCCUGACUGAGUCUGUAAUACCAACAUGUUUCAAGCAGACCACCAUAGUCCCUGUACCCAAGGACACUAAGAUAACCUGCCUAAAUGACUACCGACCCGUAGCACUCACGUCUGUAGCCAUAAAGUGCUUUGAAAGGCUGGUCAUGGCUCACAUCGACACCAUUAUCCCAGAAACCCUAGACCCACUCCAAUUUGCAUACCGCCCCAACAGAUCCACAGAUGAUGCAAUCUCUAUUGCACUCCACACUGCCCUUUCCCACCUGGACAAGAGGAACACCUAUGUGAGAAUGCUAUUCAUUGACUACAGCUCAGCGUUCAACACCAUAUUGCCCUCAAAGCGCAUCGCUAAGCUAAGGAUCCUGGGACUAAACACCUCGCUCUGCAACGGGAUCCUGGACUUCCUGACGGGCCGCCCCCAGGUGGUAAGGGUAGGUAACAACACAUCUGCCACGCUGAUCCUCAACACGAGGGCCCCUCAGGGGUGCGUGCUCAGUCCCCUCCUGUACUCCCUGUUCACCCAUGACUGCAUGGCCAGGCAUGACUCCAACACCAUCAUUAAGUUUGCUGACGACACAACAGUGGUAGGCCUGAUCACUGACAACGAUGAGACAGCUUAUAGGGAGGAGGUCAGAGACCUGGCCGUGUGGUGCCAGGAUAACAACCUCUCCCUCAACGUGACCAAGACAAAGGAGAUGAUUGUGGACUACAGGAAAAAAAAGAGGACUGAGCACGCCCCCAUUCUCAUCGACGGGGCUGUAGUGGAACAGGUUGAGAGCUUCAAGUUCCUUGGUGUCCACAUCACCAACAAACUAUCAUGGUCCAAACACACCAAGACAGUCGUGAAGAGGGCAUGACAAAGCCUAUUCCCCCUCAGGAGACUGAAAAGAUUUGGCAUGGGUCCUCAGAUCCUCAAAAAGUUCUACAGCUGCACCAUCGAGAGCAUCCUGACUGGUUGCAUCACCGCCUGCUAUGGCAACUGCUUGGCCUCCGACCGCAAGGCACUACAGAGGGUAGUUCGUACGGCCCAGUACAUCACUGGGGCCAAGCUUCCUGCCAUCCAGGACCUCUAUACCAGGCGGUGUCAGAGGAAGGCCCACAAAAUUGUCAAAGACUCCAGCCACCCUAGUCACAGACUGUUCUCUCUGCUACCGCACGGCAAGCGGUACCGGAGCGCCAAGUCUAGGUCCAAAAGGCUUCUCAACAGCUUCUACCCCCAAGCCAUAAGACUCCUGAACAGCUAAUCAUGGCUACCCGGACUAUUUGCACUGCCCCCCCCACCCCAUAUUUUUACGCUGCUGCUACUCUGUUAAUUAUUUAUGCAUAGUCACUUUAACUCUACCCACAUGUACAUACUACUUCAACUAGCCGGUGCCCCCGCACAUUGACUCUGCACCGGUACCCCCCUGUAUAUAUAGCCUCCCUACUGUUAUUUUAUUUUACUUCUGCUCUUUUAUUCUCAACACUUUUUUGUUGUUGUUGUUUUAUUUUACUUUUUUAUUAAAAAAUAAAUGCAUUGUUGGUAAAGGGCUGUAAAUAAGCAUUUUACUGUAAUGUCUACACCUGUUGUAUUCGGCACAUGUGGCAAAUCAAAUUUGAUUUGAUUUUACAGUGACCUGUGACAGAGCUCAAUACCUGGAGUACCUCCAUUAGCCAGGAUAUCAAAACUAUGGACAUUGGGGGAGUGGAACAGGAAUGCAGCAGAGAAGAAGGCGACAGGGAAGGCGACAGCUCCUGAGUGGUGCAGUGGUCUAAGGCACUGCAUCGCAGUGCUAACUGUGACACUAGAGAACCUGGUUCGAAUCCAGGCUCUGUCGCAGCCGGCCGCGACCGGGAGACUCAUGGGCGGCGCACAAUUGGCCCAGCGUCGUCCAGGGUAGGGGAGGGAAUGGCCGGCAGGGAUGUAGCUCAGUUGAUAGAGCAUGGCGUUUGCAACGCCAGGGUUGUGGGUUCGAUUCCCAUGGGGGGCCAGUAUAAAAAAAACUAAAAAAAACUGUAAGUCGCUCUGGAUAAGAGCGUCUGCUAAAUGACAAAAAUGUAGAGAGAGAGAGAGAGAGAGAGAGAGAGAGAGGAGAGAGAGAGAGAGAGAGAGAGAGAGAGAGAGAGAGAGAGAGAGAGAGAGAGAGAGAGAGAGAGAGAGAGAGAGAGAGAGAGUUCUCUCUCGUCAGAAGUAAUUGGUUAAGUGACAGGACAAAGGAGAUGUUGAUUGGUUCAGGGUAGGGGAGGGGAGGGGAGGGGUCAGUGGAAUGGCUGUGAGUGACCAUACCACAGCUCAGGAAUGACAUGAAUGGACUUAAGGCUGUCCCAAAUGGCACCCUAUUCCCUACAUACAGUAGUGCACUACAUUUGACCAGGGCUCAUAGGGCUAGUAUGUAAAAUAUCACAUUACAUAGAGAAUAGAGUGCCAUUUGGGACGCAACCUUAGUUACUACAACACUCUGGGUGGUGGGAUUACUUCACUGUUAUUCUGUCUCUGCCUGGAAUUAUACAUUCCACUGAGAGAAGGAGAGAAAUAGGGAGGGGAGGAUAGAUGGAUGGGGAGAGAGGUUGAAAGUUUGAGAGAAGGCUAAUGGCGCUUGGAAAGAGAUGACGGAGAGAUGAGGAAUGGAAGGAAGUAUGAAGAACACACACACUUGCAUAUGCACAAAUGCACACUCACAUGGAAAAUAUAAAAGGCAAACUUCAGAGUAAGCCUGAGACUGACAAAAAGGGUUAAAGUGUGUUUGUGUGUACAAUACAAUACUAUACAAUAAAUAUAUACAAUAAUACUAAAGUCUCUCUCUCACCCCAUCUCCUCCCCCAGAUGAGUAUAAGAGUAAGGUGGCGUGCGAAGAGGAGAGAAUGAAGCUGAGCUGUAAACGGGGGAUGCAGAUCGCCGUCUACUCAGCCAUGUUCGGUCGAACCCAGCACGGGACCCUGGAUUGUCCUACCCACCACAGGAGGGUGUCAUCCGUA